GUAUUUCACUUGACCCAGAUUCGGCAGUGGCCUACGUUUUGUUUUGCUGUUGACACUAUUUCCCGACUGACUGGAUAACUGACAGCAAGAUGGCAGCCAAGAAUGACGACAACAGGAUUGUUCUGAUAGCCAUGGAUGGCAGUGAAUAUUCGGAUUAUGCUUUUGAUUGGUACUGGGACAAUAUCCACCGUGACUCGGACCAUGUUGUCCUGCUGCAUGUGCCAGAAUACCACACCGUCGUUCAGUCACAGGCUGACAGAGUGACAGCCAUGGUGAUGGCGGAUGUGACGGUGAUCUCAGAGAUGAUGGCUGAGGAGGAGAAGAGAAUCAAGUCCUUCCUCGAGGGCCUCGGACAGAAACUCAAGGACAAAAAGGUUGGUGGGAAGGUGAAGAGUGUGGGGGGCAACCCCGGGGAGGUGGUGUGCCGUGUGGCCAAGGAAGAGGGUGCCACGCUCAUUGUGACAGGCACUCGUGGAAUGGGGAAGAUAAGACGCACGUUCCUAGGCUCCAUCUCCGACUACAUCAUCCACCACUCCAAUGUACCAGUCCUGGUGUGUCGACACAAGGACACCCAGCAUCACCACUAGUUACCUCACACACCAUUGGUCCAGUUUAAUGUAUGCCUGAUUGGUCCAUUGAAAUAUUUGAAUUUAAAAAACCCAGAUUUGAUUGAUUGGUUUAUAAUUCAGGCUUGAUUGGACAGUUUUAUGGUUUGAUUUGUAAUGGACUUUGGAAAUGAUCUGUCCUUUUUGUUCAGUUAGGUGAUGCAGAAAAUUAGCAUGGUUGAUAAAUGAAAUUAAACAAGAUAAUAAUCAUAAUUACUAUUUGUUGUUUUGUGGUUUUUCACUGUUUCUUUUUCCUUACUAAACUUAUAAAAACAUAUUCAAUCAAGAAAUCUGGAUAUCUGUUUGUGGUUUAAACACUUUAAACUCCUUUCUCUCUAAUAUGCAGUUUUAAGUAAUUGCACUUUUUUUUAAAUAUGAAAUAAUGAAGCUUUAAAGUUUUGUAAUGUGUUUCUCUAUAUGUUGUUAAUGUUGAUCUAUCCAGCAAUUGAGUAAAGCUGUAUUUGUUUGAAAGCACAUACAUAUACAAUGUUUAAAUUUAUAGUUUGCGUUUGUUUUCCAUCUCAGUAAAUUGUAUAUAAUUGUCACCAUGAGAGAGCAGUGGUGUUACAUUUGUUUUAUGAACAUUAAUCAAGGUAUUUGUCUUCAUCAAUUUGAGAAAGAGUGAAAUGAGUUUUAAUAAAAAACAUUAUUAUCAUUUGUUGAUAAGUGAUUUUCAUAAUUUUAUCAGAAAUAGUCCCGUGCAUUAGUUUUCUGUGAUGUUUUCAAGUCAUGCUAGAUUCAAUUAUCUGUAAUUUUGUGAUAACAAUCAUAUUAUACAAAUGAAUACAUUAUGAUUUAUGUUAUUGAAAUAUGGACCUUUAACUUUCUGUUUACGGAAAGAUAUGUUUUGAAAGUAAAUAUAAAAUGCUUAAUAUUAUCCAAUUUGUAAAUAUUGGGUAGGAUUUAGACAAGGAAACAUCUGUAUGUUCUUUCUUUUUCACAAUAUUUGAUUAUUUCUUUCAUUUUGCAAACUGACACUUCAUUGGUAAUCUAACUGACUUCAGGUCUUUAAUGGUACCAGUCUAACUCAGUUUAGCAUAUGGACCUAUAAUAAUUUAAUGGUACCAGUCUGUUUUAUAGUGUGAUGGGAUAAUGCAUAGCUAUGGAGUCUCCUUAUAUUGUUUAAUUAGCAAAAUAAAUCAUACCAUUCACAUUCGCUGUAAACCAGCCAUCAUUUUCUCAUAUAUUGAUUAAGACUUUUCAUCUUUACCUACCUUGCCUUCGUAAUCAGAUUAAUUUGAUUUUGUAUGCCUUAAAUGUAUGUGUAAUCAAAUAAUCAGUUAACUUAAUCUUAACUUAAUAAUUACAAUCUAUAUUUUUAUGGGUUUUUUUAAAUGUUUUAGUGAUAUAUGUUGACAAAUGUACCAGUUGUCAACUCCAUGUGAUCAAUUAUCAACAUUUAUCUCCUGCUUAAGAUGCCUUAAAGUAUAAAGUCCAAAAAACAAGUAUGUGCUUAAAAAAAACCUAUAAGAAAGUGCAAGUCCCAUGAAUAUGUGUGUUUAAUGGUUUAAAUUAUGGUAUAUGUAUAUGAACAGUCACUUGACUGAACUUUUAUGGGGGGAACCACCAAGUUGCAAUUGCCUGUUAGUAUUUGAGUUGCCAGUUACAGUUUCUGUUGUGUUAUUUGUUUCUUGACUCUCUUCAUCAUCAAUGAUUUUCUCAGCACUGAAAUAUUGUCAUCGUAUCUGAUAUUUACAAUUUCUGGAAGUUAUAAUUAUUGAUCAUAAGCAGAUUCAUUUUAAGGUUUAAUUUUCGUUCAUUGAAAUUCUAAUUGUUGUUCAUUUCUGCAGUGCAUACUUGUAUAAAAUGAAACGAAUAAAACAAAUUAAAAGCCUAAAACAACA